AUGGGAGGAAAAGCACCAAGGCUUAUCAUAACAGAUGAAGAUGCUAGUAUGAAAUCAGCAAUUAGAACAAUUCUCCCAGAUACAGUUCAUAGGUUCUGCAUGUGGCACAUUAUGGAGAAGUUUUCUGAGAAGGUUGGUCCUCCCAUAAAUCAUGACAAGGAGUUUUGGGCUGCUUUGAACAAUUGUGUAUGGGGUUCAGAAACUAGAGAGGAGUUCGAGAUGCGGUGGAAUUCUCUCAUAAUCGCUUAUGGUCUUGAGCGCAAUGAGUGGUUGUCUAACAGAUAUCAAAUUCGAGAGUCAUGGAUUCCAGCAUUCUUUAUGGAAAUAUCUCUUGCAGGAGUCCUAAGAACUACUUCAAGAGAGAUUUUGUAUGAUGAUGAAGGCAAUGUAUUGGAUGAGAAGCCAAAAGAUCCUAUUGAAGUGGAAAAAAGGAAAAAGAUAGCAAUGGUGCGAAACAAGGUUGAAGAUGCUAUUCAAAAAGCAAAGAGUUCGAAUGAUGCUAUGAAUUUCUUACUUUCAAGUGUCUUGAAUAUAGAUGCUUCUUUGGGCAAUAUGAUACUUCGUGCUGUGCCACAAAGACAAGAUGAAUAUGAGAAUUUUGUUGGUUGUGAAAUUCCUGAAGAAAUACAAAUACAUCCGCCAAAUGAUGUUUGA